AUGAAAGCAGAACUAAGGGGAAACUCUUCAUCCAUUUCAUUGCAAAACCCUAGUCUUUACAAUACAUCUCAAAGUUCUAUUCCUGGUGCAUUAAAAGAAUGCCUAGGGAGUCUAGAUGGAGCAUGCAUAGAGAAACUUCUACUUCAUUUUGCAAGUGCCCUAGAGAACAAAGAUGUGACCUUGGCCCAACAAGUGAUGUGGGUACUCAAUAAUGUGGCUUCCUCGAUUGGUGACCCUAAUCAGAGGCUGACUUCAUGGUUCUUAAAGGCACUUAUUUCGAGGGCUGCUAGGGUUUGUCCUACGACAGUAAGUUUUGACGGCCAAGGUGUCCUUCAGAGGAGGACUAUGACCGUGAUUGAGCUAGCCGGGUACGUGGAUCUUAUCCCAUGGCAUAGGUUUGGUUUUUGUGCAUCAAAUAGUGCCAUUUUUAUGGCUAUUCAAGGGCUCCCAAGAGUUCAUAUUUUAGAUUUCAGCAUCACUUAUUGCAUGCAAUGGCCAACUCUUAUAGAUGCAUUGGCCAAGAGGUCAGAAGGGCCUCCAUCGCUUCGAAUUUCAGUUCCUUCUUGGAGGCCACCUGUCCCUCCUUUGCUCAAUGUGUCGUGCGAAGAGGUCUGCCAACGUUUGACAAAAUUUGCAAAGUUUAAGGAUGUCCCUUUUGAAAUCAAUGUAAUUGAAGUCUCACCACUGUCUCCAACGGAUGCAGGCAUAUCACAAUUAGGGUCAUCUAAUCAUUAUGAUUUACUCCUAAGUCAGUUAAACCCUUCUACCCUGAAACUGAGGGAUGAUGAAGCUUUGGUAAUUAACUGCCAAAAUUGGCUGCGGUACUUGCCCGAUGAAGUGAUGGGGACUACUCCUCAUGACACCUCUUGUCGGGAUGCAUUUCUUGAUACAAUUAAAGAUUUAAGUCCUUGUAUUGUGACAGUGGUUGAUGAGGACUGUGAUUUAGGCACAUCAAAUCUAGAAUCAAGGAUCACAACUUGCUUUAACUAUCUGUGGAUACCUUUCGACGCCUUUGAGACUUUCUUGCCAAAAAAUAGCCCUCAAAGGAUAGAGUACGAGGCUGUAUAA